AUGUCAUCAUCAUACUUCGCUUAUUCUGAUAUGAUUCGUCAUUUAAAUUUUGUUCCGUUACAACAUCGUCAACAACCUUCAUUUUCUAGAAAUGAUAUUAAAUUUAUAGCUGACACUUGUAUACACCUUACGAAACUACGAGUUUCUUGGAUGAGAGAACCUUUUGACGCCAAUGUAUUUGCCAGAUUCUUGCGUAAUUCUCCAAAUUUAAUGUCACUAUCCGGACCUAGUUGUACGAUUGAAUGGUUAACUGAGGCGUUAAUUCCUAUAAUUAACGGACAAUGUCCUAAGCUUCAAAAUUUAGAAGUAAAAAAUUGGGUUCAUGAAUCAAGUGAAAGUUUACUUGAAAAAAUUGCAGAUAAAUGUCAUGGAAUUGUUUCUUUAGAGGCGCCAUUACUUGUUACAAAAGAAGUCGCCACCAUGUUAGUCAAAUCUUUUCCGAAUUUAAAACAAUUUAAAUGCCAUUCGAUGACUAGAUCAGGGUUAUUUAUUUUUGUAAACGGAUGUCCAAAUAUGAAAUCUUUAUGUUUAACUUUUGAUAAGCAAUUGCAAGAUAUUACAGACGGAUCUAUAGCAGAAAUAGGUGAAAAAUUUCCACCAUUAGAAUCAUUUCAGCUUACCGUUGGAUAUAACGAAAACUUUCCUCGAUUUACUCUAGCUUGGGCCAAAAAUCAGAAUAAUCUUCGACAUUUAGAGUUAUCAUUAUGCGUUGGUAUUGAAGACGACACUUUUAUUCCGAUCACUAAAUAUUGCAUUAAUUUAGAAUCUAUUCAUUUAGAGUGGUGUUGUCGUCUCUCAGAUAAUUCAUAUAUUGCACUUGCCCAUAAUCGAAACUCAAGUUUACGUAAACUUUACGUCUUUCGUUCUGGGUUAACAGACAUUGGUUUAACAGAAAUCGCGGAAUAUUGUACAAGGUUACGAAAACUUGGUCUUGAAUAUUGCCCAGGAGUGACACAAGUUUCUCUUUUGAAAAUAAUAAAAGAGUGUAAACAACUUGUUAAAUUAUCGGGAGGAUUUCCUCAUAAGAUAGCAGCUGGAGUUGGACACGCUUUGACUUUACAUGGAUCAGAAAGUUUACAAGUAUUGAAAUUUAAAAAUUCGUUGUACAGGGAUCUCAACAGAGAUAUAAUAAAUGUAGCCUUGCAAAAAAAUUAUGAUAAUAUUGAUAGAAUGUUGCUUGAAAAACUUUCCAAGAAAU